GUUCAUUUGUGGCACCUGUGCGGUUUUCAUAAUGGUUUCAAGAGUGCCGUCUCUGGAUAACACCAACAUACCCAACAGAAAAGAGAAAUGAACAUAAUUGCAUAAAGCCACUCAACCUCCCGUACUUCUGCCGGACUGCCUUGGACUGGUUCAUGAAUUCGUUUUUCCAAGCAAACACCAAAGAAGAGAAAACUGAGAAAGCCACAGCUGUCUCCUUUUGGAUAAAGCCAAAAGACAGCAAGGACACAAUAAGCCCAAAUAAUGAAUCUGCUGUUCAUUGGUUCGUUCCUGACCAAUGAGGCACGAGGUAUGUGAUAAAGGUUGACAUAUAAGCAGCGAUGCAAGACUCUAUCGACAGUCAUCAGAAUCGCAGUAAAAAUCAAUCAUGAAGUCUGUUGUCAUCUUCGCUCUACUCCUGGGCGCCGCAUUGGCUCUGGAUGAUGAUAAGAUUGUUGGAGGGUACGAGUGUGAGCCCUACUCCCAGCCCUGGCAGGUGUCUCUGAAUGCUGGGUACCACUUCUGCGGUGGCUCCCUGGUCAGCGCGGACUGGGUGGUAUCUGCAGCUCACUGCUACAAAUCUCCCAGCACCCUGCAGGUGCGCUUGGGUGAGCACGAUAUCUCGAGGAAUGAGGGCACCGAGCAGUACAUCCGUGCUUCCCGCGUCAUCCGCAACCCCAACUACGACUCCUGGAUCCUGGACAGCGACAUCAUGCUGAUCAAGCUGAGCAAGCCUGCCACCCUGAACAGUCAUGUGCAGCCCGUGGCCCUGCCCACCAGCUGUUCCCCUGCUGGCACCAUGUGCACAGUCUCUGGCUGGGGCAACACUAUGGACCCUGCCGUUAGCGGCGACAGGCUGCAGUGCUUGGACAUCCCCAUCCUGUCGGACAGGGACUGCGAGAACUCCUACCCUGGCAUGAUCACCCCCACCAUGUUCUGUGCCGGAUACCUGGAGGGAGGCAAGGACUCCUGCCAGGGCGAUUCUGGUGGCCCUGUGGUGCAUAACAGAGUGCUCCAGGGUGUUGUGUCCUGGGGAUACGGCUGUGCGGAGAUGAAUUACCCCGGUGUUUACGCCAAGGUUUGCAUGUUCCAGGACUGGCUCUCCGCCACCAUGGCCAGCUAUUGAGUUUGAGCCCUGCUCUGUAGCUCCACAGCAGUCACACUACCC